AUGGGGAGACAUUCUUUUAUUGAUGUGUGUGACGUUGAUCUUGGGGAAUCGGUUCAUGGCCGAUCUCAUGAUCGACGAACACCUGCAGCGGCGACUCACUUUGAUUUAAACAAGGUUGAACUAUUCCACUUUGAGGGGGAUGAUUCUAACGAAGAAUCAAUAAGGGAGUCUGACCCUGAUGGUGAUGAGUUAGGCCCCUUUUAUGAAGAACCAGAAGACCUUGACAUGCCACGAGAAGCAGAAGACAACGAAGAAUAUGGCACGACUACAACGACUUUAGAGAUGUUAUCAACUUAUGCUCGAUCUUCAUUCAUCUGGUUUUUAGAUCCAUUGUUGGUUAAAGCUACAAGAGGGGAUCCUGUAAGUCGACUUCCUGUCUGGAUGAUGCGCCAUGCAGGAAGGUAUAUGGUUGUUUACAGAAAGCUUGCAGAGAAACAUCCAUCCUUCAGAGAGAGGUCUGAGACAACUAAUCUCAUUGUGGAAAUUUCUUUGCAGCCUUGGGAAGCUUUCCGCCCUGAUGGAGUGAUAACUUUCUCCGAUAUGCUCACUCCACUGCCUGCAUUUGGUGUUCCUUUUGACAUUGAAGAAGUUAGGGGUCCUGUCAUUCAGUCACCGAUUCACUCUGAGGAUUGCUUGAAGGCAUUGCAUCCUAUUGACGUGGAGAAACUACAUUUUGUUGGGGAGUCCCUUAAGAUUUUCGCCAGGAGGUUGGAGAUCAUGCAGCGGUGCUGGGCUUUGUCGGAACUCCUUGGACAAUUGCCACAUAUAUAGUAGAGGGAGGUACAACACGCACUUACACAAACAUAAAGAGUAUGUGCCACACAGCACCAAAUUUAUUGAGGGCCC